UUGUCCAGAGUGCAGUCUGCGCCAGCUUCAAUGGGGACUGCUGCUGGGUGCAGUCUCAGCCCAUCCACGUCAAGGCAUGCCCUGGGAACUACUUUGUGUACAAGUUCGUCAUGCCUCCCGGGUGCUACUUCGCCUAUUGUGCAUAUGUGUCAGCUCCCACCACAACACCAAAACCAGUCACAUCUACAGAAAUGCCAGUAGAGAACAAUCGCACCACAACAACAACACAGUCACAGGUUGCCACGACUACGCCAAAAGCAAUGUGUGGUACCUGCAGAGCGGGGAGACCUGCGUGAGCACCGAUGGGGUCACUUGGCGGUGUGAGAGGCCAGAUCAGCCUGUUUUGCUGCACCCAGAGGUAGUAUGUGGGCGGAGCCUGGUACAGGUGGGUCUCAACAGGACUAACCUGGAGGCCGCUGGUCUGGACGCCACCACCGCUAACCUGGCCGACCCCCGGUGUAACGCUCACGAAGAGCGUGGCGGCAUGGUAUGGUACCAGGUGGAGCGCAAGGAGGGCGCCUGCGGAAACACUCUGGUGACAAACGGAACGGACGCCAUCUUUUCCAACAGUUUAUUCAUCUACCACGUCCCCGACGUGUCCUUCAGCCGACCCGUGAGCGUGCCUUUCUCCUGUGCCUACCCUCUGGAAUCAGAGACCAGCCUGGAUGUGGCCAUCAAACCCUACCUGUCGCUGAAGGGUUCCAGAGUCGGUAAGGGCUCCAGAGUGGGCUCCAACAUGACUCUGUACCACAGCGACAACUUCACAAAGGCUUACCCAGCGGGCGGAGUCACCUUGCCGGUGGGUUCCGUGCUGCAUGUGGGCGUGUCCGUAGAGGAGUCCGAGACGGAGCGUUCGUGCUCUGCUCUGAGGACUGCUAUGCCACGCAGUCCCCCGACCCUAAAGACACAUGAUACUACAUCAUUCAGAACAAAUGUCCGACUGAAACCGUCAGGGGACUACCGGGAUGUCUUCCCCGACUGCAGACUGAGCCUGUGUGACCAGAGGAGCUCCUCCUGCACUCCAAUGUGCACCAAAAGGAAAUACCGCUCUGUCACCCCUCUGUCCCCUCGAACCCGUCACCAUCGGACCAAUCACCUGUGA